UUAUGUGAUGAUGAUGCCAUUUAAACGUCAAGCUUUGGUAGAAUUUGAGGAUAUUGAAAGUGCCAAAAAGUGUGUUACUUUUGCAGCAGAUGAGCCAGUAUACAUAGCAGGACAGCAAGCAUUUUUCAAUUACUCUACAAGCAAAAGAAUAACUCGUCCAGGAAAUACUGAUGACCCAUCUGGUGGGAACAAAGUUCUGCUGUUAUCAAUUCAGAAUCCUUUAUAUCCAAUUACUGUGGAUGUCUUGUACACAGUAUGCAACCCUGUUGGGAAAGUACAACGUAUUGUCAUAUUCAAGAGAAAUGGAAUACAAGCCAUGGUUGAGUUUGAAUCAGUUCUUUGUGCUCAGAAAGCAAAAGCUGCACUCAAUGGAGCGGAUAUAUAUGCAGGAUGCUGUACAUUAAAAAUUGAAUAUGCAAGGCCAACUCGACUUAAUGUUAUUCGAAAUGACAAUGAUAGUUGGGAUUAUACUAAGCCAUAUCUGGGCAGACGAGAUAGAGGGAAAGGCCGACAGAGGCAAGCUAUUUUGGGAGAACAUCCCUCAUCAUUUAGACAUGAUGGCUAUGGAUCACAUGGUCCUCUGUUACCUUUACCAAGUCGGUAUAGAAUGGCAUCUCGGGAUACUCCAGAGCUUGUUGCUUAUCCACUUCCCCAAGCCUCCUCAUCUUACAUGCAUGGAGGAAACCCCUCGGGAUCUGUUGUCAUGGUCAGUGGUUUGCACCAGCAAAAGAUGAAUUGCUCAAGAGUCUUCAACUUGUUCUGUUUAUAUGGAAAUAUCGAAAAGGUGAAAUUUAUGAAGACUAUUCCAGGCACUGCAUUAGUGGAAAUGGGUGACGAGUAUGCUGUUGAAAGAGCAGUCACACAUCUCAAUAAUGUCAAAUUAUUUGGGAAGAGAUUAAAUGUUUGUGUAUCCAAGCAGCAUUCAGUUGUCCCUAGUCAAAUAUUUGAGCUGGAAGAUGGGACAAGCAGUUACAAAGACUUUGCAAUGAGCAAGAACAAUCGUUUUACAAGUGCUGGCCAAGCAUCCAAGAACAUCAUCCAGCCACCUUCUUGUGUAUUGCAUUACUAUAAUGUGCCCCUAUGUGUGACUGAAGAGACCUUUGUAAAGUUGUGUGAUGAUCAUGAAGUCCUAUCUUUUAUCAAAUAUAAAGUAUUUGAUCCAAAACCAUCAGCUAAAACACUUUCUGGUCUCUUGGAAUGGGAAUGCAAGACAGAUGCAGUGGAAGCUCUUACAGUACUCAAUCACUACCAGAUAAGAGUGCCUAAUGGCUCUAACCCGUAUACCUUGAAGCUUUGCUUCUCUACUUCUUCCCAUCUGUAGACAAAAGACGGCAUGCUACGGACUCCUUUUGCCUUUAUUUACAAACCUGAGAUGAUACGUGGUUCAUUGAUUCUAAAAUAUUUGCCCUGUUUCCUUGUUUCAGUUUAACUGGUUUAUUUGUUUUGUAAUACAUGAAUGUGUUUAAAUGCCAAAUGUUUCCUUUUUUCCUCCAAAAAAAUAAAUAUAUCUGUGUAUAAUAUAGUGCAUAUUAACCCAUUUAACUGUUAACUACCGGGUUUGACUGCCUUGGUAGUAGUGUGUGCAUAUCAAUUGGAUACGGAUCUAGAUUUUAAACCAGUUUUCCAUAUCACAGUAACAUUGCCAUUUCAUUUACAGUGGUUAUUUUUCAUUCUGGUAUAAAUGCAAAAAGGAUAAUUAUUUUAGGAUAUUAGUUGUAAAAUUCAUGGUUACUGUUAGUAAUUUUAAAUUGUAUAUGUUACAACAAUUCUAAGGCAAAAUUACAUGUACAAAUUCUUUCCAAAUUACACAUACUGAUUUUUAGUAAUGUAAUAUAUGAUUUUUAAAAAGGAAUUUCACGAGAAAAAAAAUAAUACCUUUUUGCAGAAUGGAAGGAAACUUAUUUUUAAAAAUUGCCUUUUCAGAAUUAUUUUCAUUUAUAUUAGCAUGAUGUCCUUUAUUGCUAACCUUGGCCUGGAAACUAUUGCAAAAUA